AUGGCCUGGAACGACGACCUGCUCCUCAAGGUGGCCAACGUGGUCACCUUCAUCUUCUUCACCUCGGGCAACGCCUACAGCCACCUCGGCUCCGCUGCCACCCAUGGCGCGGGCGCAAAGGAGACCUACCUCACCCCCGAGCAGUGGCUCUUUGGCGUGUGGGGCCUCAUCCACCUCUGCUUCCUCGGCAUGCUCUUCUACCAGUUCACCCAGCAGGGCUCCGACCACGUCCGCGCCAUCGGCUGGAGGUUCCCCGCCCUCUGCGUCCUCAACUCGGCCUACUCGGCCCUCGUCACCGCCCACGGCGGAGACAGCCGCAUCUACUCGAUCCUCGCCUUUGUCGUCAUGCUCCUCAUCGCCGGCGUCGUCUCCCACUGCUACCGCUCCCUCAAGGUCCACCACGGCCGCUCCAACACGCUCGCAGACGUCGCCUUUAUCCACCUCCCCUUUAGCCUCUACCACGGCCUCGUCGUAGUCCUCCUCUUCAUCACCGGCUUCCAGGCCUUUGGCGUAAACGCCCACACCCACCACGCCGGCAUCAUCACCAAGAUCCUCGUCUUCCUCGCCCUCCUCUUCCUCGAGAGCACCGCCGCCGGCUACGUGUGGUACUCGGAGGGCGACGUGGCCGGUGCCCUCGUCAUCUCCCUCGCGCUGCUGGCCAUCUUCCAGCACCAGACGUCGAGCAAGUUCAUCCACUGGUCCGCCCUCGUCUUCUUCAUCAUCUCGCUCAUCGCCGUCCUGCGCGCCGUCAUCUCGAUCUUUACCUCGCGCAACCGCUCCGCCAUCACCGACGAGGAGAGGGCUCCCCUGGUCGGAUAA